GAGGGACAUAUUAAAAGGCCAAUGAACGCUUUUAUGGUCUGGUCCAGGCUGCAGAGGAGGCAGAUUGCUAAGGAUAAUCCUAAGAUGCACAAUAGCGAGAUUUCGAAACGAUUAGGUGCCGAAUGGAAACUCCUGACAGAGUCCCAAAAGCGGCCCUUCAUCGACGAAGCAAAACGGCUGCGAGCCCUGCACAUGAAAGAUCACCCCGACUACAAAUACCGGCCACGUCGCAAACCCAAAAACCCACUUCAGAUAACCCAUCCCCAUCAGCAGGCCUAUCAUCCUCACCAGAAGACCUUACCAGGUCAUCCUGGUAACCCGGCAGCAGGCGGUUUCCCAUCCUUCGCCCUGCCUUAUUUCUCAGGGCCACAAAUUUUAGGGGAUCCUUACAGGCCGUAUUUCGGGUCUUUGGAUCCGGUGGCCCAUUUUUCGCAGCUGAUGCAGGCCGAUCCGGCCAAAACUCUGAGUUUAUACUCUACUUUGUACCAGGGCCAACAGGCGACACCCACUUCGGCGUUGACUUCUGGGACAUCGACGGCGACUUCGAUGAGGUCGCCUUAUUUUACGGGGAACUCGAAUUUGUAUCCGGGAUUCACGGGAAGUCCCGGGGCCAGUCCUGGGUCUAGCCCUGGCAGCCAGGAUAAUAAUAAUCAUCUACGACAACAAGGGCAGAUACAACAGUUUCCAAUGGACAACAACGUUGUGGCCAAUGGGCAACUCAAUGGCCAACAGUUGACCAAUCCUCAGGAUCUUAAACAGGAGCUUAAAUUCGAUGCUUUGAGGAGGCCGGUACCUGUUUUGUAUUAA